AUGAAAAAAAAAGAAAAAAAAAGAAAAGAGAGAAAAAUAAAAAAAGAAAGUAAUGACUUCAAAAUAGAUGAGAAAAAGGGAAAAAAUGAAAAUGAAUGUUUUAUAAAUAAAAAUAAGAUAGUUGAAUUAUGUAACUCUAAAAUAAAUGAAGAUGGUGAUUCAGAAAAUUCCGAAUGCAUCAUUUUUAAUUUAUCCCUUAAAAACAUAGAUAAUAAUAAUAAUGCUCAUAAUAAAGAUAGUUUUCAAAAUUUCCUCGAAAACAUAAAGCUUAUAUCAGCAGAAGAAAAAAAGAAUCUUUAUAAAAAUUUAGAAGACAAUUUAGUUAAUAAAAAUAAAAGUGUAGAAAACUUAAUACAAGAGAGUAUUCCUAAUAAUGAAAAUACUUAUAUAAAAGAUUAA